CAGGUCUUGCUGCCUCAGUUGAAACUUCCAGUUUAACAUCCUGACAUACACUACUCCCUCUUCCUGUGAUCAUCAGAACAAGAUAAAACCUUAUGUGUCUGGAUAGUUCCCAUCUGUUAAGAUUCAGGAUUAUCCAGGAUCUGGAAUUCCAGUUCAGCAGAGCAAAAAGUUCAAGAUACCAGAAGCAUAAAUGCCUCCAAGGCAGUCAUCAGGAAGUAUGAGGGCAAAGGAGUAUGAGCCCUGAGAACUAGAGCAGCGUGUCCGAGUUCCUCCUCCUGGGUCUCCCCAUCCGGCCAGAGCAGCAGGCCGCGUUCUUCGCCCUGUUCCUGGGCAUGCACCUGACCACGGUGCUGGGGAACCUGCUCAUCAUCCUGCUUAUCCGGCUGGAGUCUUGCCUCCACACCCCCAUGUACUUCUUCCUCAGCCACUUGGCUCUCACUGACAUCUCCUUUUCAUCUGUCACUGUCCCUAAGAUGCUGAUGGACAUGCAGACUAAGUACAGAUCGAUCCUCUAUGAGGAAUGCAUUUCUCAGAUGUAUUUUUUUAUAUUUUUUACUGACCUGGGCAGCUUCCUUAUUACAUCAAUGGCAUAUGACCGAUAUGUUGCCAUAUGUCACCCUCUCCACUACACUGUCAUCAUGAGGGAAGAGCUCUGUGUCUUCUUAGUGGCUGUAUCUUGGAUUCUGUCUUGUGCCAGCUCCCUCUCUCACACCCUUCUCCUGACCCGGCUGUCUUUCUGUGCUGCAAACACCAUCCCCCACAUCUUCUGUGACCUUGCUGCCCUGCUCAAGCUGUCCUGCUCAGAUAUCUUCCUCAAUGAGCUGGUCAGGUUCACAGUUGGGGUGGUGGUCAUUACCCUGCCAUUCAUGUGUAUCCUGGUAUCAUAUGGCUACGUUGGGGCCACCAUCCUGAGGGUCCCUUCAACCAAAGGGAUCCACAAAGCGUUCACAUGUGGCUCCCAUCUUUCUGUGGUGUCUCUCUAUUAUGGGUCAAUAUUUGGCCAGUACCUUUUCCCGACCGCAAGCAGUUCCAUUGACAAGGAUGUCAUUGUGGCUGUCAUGUACACAGUGGUCACACCCAUGUUGAACCCCUUUAUCUACAGCUUUAGGAACAGGGACAUGAAAGAGGCCCUUGAGAAACUCUUCAGUAGAGCAACAGUUUUUUUUUGGUGACAUCUGACUUUUUUAAAAAUUAUAAUUUCAUUUUGGUUUAUUUCCUAUAUUUGAUUUUCCAUUUGAAUAUUAUCUCAAAACCUUUUAUGUCCUGAAGCUCUAAGACAAAUGUUAACAUGUUGAAUGUAAUUGGUAAAUAUUUGUUGACCAGAAUUCCAUUCUCUUAUUAAUAAUGCUAUUCUUUAUAAAUAGUUUUUGAUCAGUGAAUGCUAAAUUAAUUUUAUUAUUUAUUUCUGCAACUUGGAGAAGGGACAUAAUAAUACAAUAAUAUGCAGUUUUCUUAUCCCUCAUUUGAGGAGAUGUUUGGAGACAUAUAUAUUUUUGGCCCAUAAUCCCAGGCUUUAACACAACAUAGAAUUGAAAGAGUUAGCUGUAUUAUUUUACUGUUCUCUAUAAUGUAGACUGAGUGGGAUCAUUAGUGAAGUAGUGCUUCAUACCAGUCUCCUUGGAAAUAUAACCAAAUUCAAGUGCUAACUCUUGGAAAGCAUCAUUUUCCUAAAAGUGCCACUCCAGAUUCAGCACUGACUGUCUUUCAUGAAGGAUAGUCCUGUCUUCCAAAUGAAGAAUGAAAAGUAAUGCUUCUCAAAUGUUAGGGUACAUGAGAAUUUCUGGAAAGAUUGUCAAAACUCAGAUUCCUUUGAUCUACUACUACAAAUUAUGAUUUAGUAGAAUUUUGGGUCAGGUCUAAGAAUUUGCAUUCCUAACAAGCUGCCACAUGAAACGAUGCUGUAGAAUGUUCACUAAAUUUUGGAAGUUGUGGGACACACAUUUAUAACACCUCACCUGAAUUCUGGUAGUAGAUGGAAUGAAACAAGAGACACCUUAAGUUAUUUCAGUAAUAGAGAAAUCAGUGAUUCAUGUUGAUAUUUUUGGAUUAACUCUAGCUGUGGUAAAUUCCUCUCCCCAAUCUCUAAAUUAUCUCAUUUGUAUAUAAUAUAGAAAUACCCAGCUACUCCAUAUCAUGGUUUGUAUCAUCACGCCAACCUAUAUAUGUAAUGAAAAUGAAGCCAAACUUUGGAAAAAAAAUUACAUCCGGUGUCCAUCUGUGACUUCUUGUUUCCAUUAAGCCUCGUGGAAUUUCAGUGUGCCGUGUAACUUUUCUAAUGUCACUCAAAAUGCUCUGAUUUUCCUUGAAAGAUUGGGGUAGGUUCAUGUGAUCUAUAAUAACUCUAACAAUAUAUUUUCAUAUUUCUGAACUAACUGAAGCAAUUAUUUCACACAUGAUGCACAUUAAAUUGUAUAUUGGUUAGAAAACACUAGAUGAUUUCAGAAAAACUAUAACUCCACAAAAGGACACGAGUUCUUGGCAGAAUAUUGAACAAUUUUAUAUUAAAUGGUGUCAUUCAUUUAUAAAUGGCUCACUUAGUUUGCCAUGUUUUUUGACAUAUCCCAUAAAAUAGCAUUUGUUGUGGAUCCAAUCCAUAUUAUUGUUAUUUUUACCUCAGUCUUUAUAUCUGCUCUUUUUGUCACAUUGGCUCUAUGCAAAAUACAAUAUGUUUACUCAAUUUUAUACAUAAAGAUAAGGCUAAUUACUAUGUAAGCAGUAACUGGGAUGGCAUUGGUGGUGGCUUAAACUGGAGUCUGAGAUGCGAGGAUAGAAAUACUUGUGCAUUUUGAAGGAGUUUGAUAUUUGAUCUAUGUGUGGAAUAUCACAGUAGCAACUUCCCUGUUAUUCAGCUAAUUUCAUUCUAUAACAUUUCACCUAGGCUUGAGUGGGUGAAAACAAUCUGGCAUUGUUGCCUGUGUUUCCACAGAGUUCAACCUGAACUUCCAUUGUUCAUGUAUUUUCACAAGCAUUUUUUUUUUAAAUUUUACUUUAAGUUCUGGGAUACAUGUGCUGAAUGUGCAGGUUUGUUGCAUAGGUAUACAUGUACUAUGGUGGUUUGCUGCACGUGUCAACCUGUCAUUUGGUUUUAAGCCCCGCAUGUAUUAGGUAUUUGUCCUAAUGCUGUCCCUCCCCUUGCUCCCCACCCCCCAACAGGCCCCAGUGUGUGAUGUUCCUCUCCCUGGAUCCAUGUGCUCUCAUCAUUCAACUCCCACUUAUGAUUCACAAGCAUUUUCACAGCUGUUUCUCCUCUUUUCAAAAGGGCAAGCCGCAGACACUAAGGAAUUAAGACAAUGCAGCACAUUAAAAUGAUGCUUUUGAAGAUAUUAAAGUAGCCUUGAUCAGACAGCUCAAAAAGACGAUUUUAAGGCAUUUCAUAGUCUUUAAUAAAAUUUCACAGUGAAUAAAGUAAAAAAUCUUAAGUAGAUAUGUAUGUAUAGAUGUGCAUAGACAUAGAAAUGCAAACACAGUGACAAUAAAUUAUCACAGAAAAUGAAAGCUAUAAAGUACUAUAAAAUAAAUCCCAUUAUGUAAACAG